GGACUGGACUGGACAUCAGGUGGUUUCUAGUUUAGAUCCCAACACAGCUCUGUGGGGAUGUAAACAUGGAGACGUGUACAGCUUCAGAUGAACAGAGAAGCAGCUGUGUGGAACAUCUGACUCCUGCAGAGGAACAGGAUGAAGGAUUCCUGAUGAAGACAAUAAAAAAGGAAGAAGAUGAUGAUGAUGAUGAUGAUGAUUACAUCUGUGGAGGAAUGCCGCUCACUGUACACCAAGAGAACGGAGACGUUUUAAAGAAUCCUGUUAAAGAGGAAGAAGCUGAGGAUGACGAUCAUCUCUACUGUGAGGAGUGUCGGUCGUUCUUCAUCAACAAGUGUGAGCUUCAUGGUGCAGCUCUCUUCAUCCCUGAUAGCCCUGUACCCAUCGGGGUCUCUGACAGAGCCAGACAGACUCUUCCACCCGCUCUAGAGCUUCAGGAGUCUGAUAUUCCUAAUGCAGCUCUGGGGGUGUUUAAUAAGGGGGAGGCGCUUCCAGUGGGGGCACAUUUCGGACCCUACCAGGGAGAACUGGUGUUCCGAGAGGAAGCCGUGAACAGUCGAUACUCCUGGGUGAUAUACAGAAGUGAGCAGUGUGAGGAGUUUAUAGAUGCCAGGAGAGAGACUCACGCUAACUGGAUGAGGUAUGUAAACUGUGCCGGUAACGAUGAAGAAAAUAAUCUGGUAGCGUUUCAGUAUCAGGGAGGAAUUUUCUACCGCUGCUGUCGACCCAUAAAAGCAGGACAGGAGCUCUUGGUGUGGUACGAUGAGACGUACGCUAAAGAUCUCGGGAUCGUGUUUGAGCGCAUGUGGAGGAUGAAAUGCUCUGCGGAAGAAAUGAAAAGCUUCUCCUGCUCCUUGUGCAUCCUGUCCUACACAUCUCAGAUUUACCUCCACAAGCACAUCAAGAGUCACCACCCGGAGGAGUACGUACGCCUGCUGAGAUCAGGACAGAUUAAAUAUGAGGACAUGCUGCCCCCCUCCGGCUCUCAGGGCAAUAACUCGUGCUCCAGACCGAGACUGAAGGACGUUCACCGCUGCUCAGACUGUGGGAAGAGCUUCACUCACAAGAGUCACUUCAAACAGCACCUCCUCAUCCACACGGGAGAGAAGCCGUACCACUGCACUCUGUGUGGGAAGAGUUUCAAUCGCAAGGGCACUCUGAAGACGCACCAGCGCGUUCACACCGGAGAAAAGCUGUAUCAGUGCUCACAGUGUGGGAAGAACUUUAGUCAGAAGAGUAAUCUCAAACAACACCAGCGCGUUCACGCCGAGGGCAAGCCGUAUAACUGCUCUCAGUGUGGAAGGAGUUUUAAUCGCAAACGUUCUCUCAAACUACACCAGCGCAUUCACACAGGAGAGAAACCCUACCGCUGCUCACAGUGUGAGAAGAGUUUCACUCAGAAAGGUAAUCUCACUCAGCACCAGCACAUUCACACUGGAGAGAAAGUGUUCCCCUGCUCACAGUGUGGGAGGAGAUUUACUCACUAUAGUAAUCUCAGGCGACACCAGCACAUUCACACCACAGAGAAAUAGGAUCAGUGCGGGAAGUGUUGGAAGAGACACGCCCUAUCAGUGCCUUCAGUGUGAAGUCGUACACAACAGAUUCAUCUUAAAUAACACCAGCGCAUUCACACAGGAGAAAUGCCCUAUCAGUGCCCUCAGUGUGAAGUUGUACACAACAGAUUCAUCUUAAAUAACACCAGCGCAUUCACACAGGAGAAAUGCCCUAUCAGUGCCCUAAGUGUGAAGUUGUACACAACAGAUUCAUCUUAAAUAACACCAGCGCAUUCACACAGGAGAAAUGCCCUAUCAGUGCCCUCAGUGUGAAGUCGUACACAACAGAUUCAUCUUAAAUAACACCAGCGCAUUCACACAGGAGAAAUGCCCUAUCAGUGCCCUCAGUGUGAAGUCGUACACAACAGAUUCAUCUUAAAUAACACCAGCGCAUUCACACAGGAGAAAUGCCCUAUCAGUGCCCUAAGUGUGAAGUUGUACACAACAGAUUCAUCUUAAAUAACACCAGCGCAUUCACACAGGAGAAAUGCCCUAUCAGUGCCCUCAGUGUGAAGUUGUACACAACAGAUUCAUCUUAAAUAACACCAGCGCAUUCACACAGGAGAAAUGCCCUAUCAGUGCCCUCAGUGUGAAGUUGUACACAACAGAUUCAUCUUAAAUAACACCAGCGCAUUCACACAGGAGAAAUGCCCUAUCAGUGCCCUCAGUGUGAAGUUGUACACAACAGAAUCAUCUUAAAUAACACCAGCGCAUUCACACAGGAGAAAUGCCCUAUCAGUGCCCUAAGUGUGAAGUUGUGCACAACAGAUUCAUCUUAAAUAACACCAGCGCAUUCACACAGGAGAAAUGCCCUAUCAGUGCCCUCAGUGUGAAGUUGUACACAACAGAUUCAUCUUAAAUAACACCAGCGCAUUCACACAGGAGAAAUGCCCUAUCAGUGCCCUCAGUGUGAAGUUGUACACAACAGAUUCAUCUUAAAUAACACCAGCGCAUUCACACAGGAGAAAUGCCCUAUCAGUGCCCUCAGUGUGAAGUUGUACACAACAGAUUCAUCUUAAAUAACACCAGCGCAUUCACACAGGAGAAAUGCCCUAUCAGUGCCCUCAGUGUGAAGUUGUACACAACAGAAUCAUCUUAAAUAACACCAGCGCAUUCACACAGGAGAAAUGCCCUAUCAGUGCCCUAAGUGUGAAGUUGUGCACAACAGAUUCAUCUUAAAUAACACCAGCGCAUUCACACAGGAGAAAUGCCCUAUCAGUGCCCUCAGUGUGAAGUUGUACACAACAGAUUCAUCUUAAAUAACACCAGCGCAUUCACACAGGAGAAAUGCCCUAUCAGUGCCCUCAGUGUGAAGUUGUACACAACAGAAUGGGUUCACUUCAGUCUCGUCAUCACAUUUAUACAGGACAGAAUGUGAACAGUGUGAACAGAGCCUCACCGAUCUGCUGCUGAUUUCUUCCACUGCAGUUCUCUCCAGCUCAUGAAUGUUUACAGGGUUCAUUUUACCAAACGCAGGUUUCAGCUCUCCAAAGAUCUUCAACUGGACUGAGAUCAGGACUCAUGCUGACCAGUUUAAAAAAAAUUUUCUUUCUUCAGUUCUCUGGCUGUGUGCUUUGGAUCAUUAUCCUGCUGUAACACCCACGUUGUUCCACUAGAACCUCGUUUUCUUUCACUUGGGAGCAGAAAAACUAUCUAACUUCUCUACUGUUGAAAAGUUUAACUGAAGAUGAUUAAACAUUUUAGAAAAGUAUAA